UCGUCCCGAGCGCUACACUCAGUCAGUACACCACUCAGUUCGUCGCAGCGGCUGUGAAAUCGCAAUCCAAAUCGAAUUCGAAUAGUUAAUUAAUAAUUAAGUCACCUUUGGUGCGUGCUUUCCCCAGUUAGUGACAAUAAUAAUAAUAAACAAAGAGAAGCUUUUCCCCAAGCCAACGGCUGCGGAAGUCAAGAAACAAGUGUAUCCAAAGCCCUAGUCGGUUAUUUCGUGAGCUCUCCCCCGGUGGAGCUAUGAUGACCACGACGACCUCGCAGCACCACCAGCAUCAUCCCAUCAUGCCGCCAGCCAUGCGCCCCGCCCCCGUCCAGGAGAGUCCCGUUUCGCGCCCCCGCGCCGUCUACAGCAUCGAUCAGAUCCUGGGCAAUCAGCACCAGAUCAAGCGCAGUGAUACCCCCAGCGAAGUGUUGAUUACGCAUCCCCACCACGCCCAUUCGCAUCACAUCCACCACCUGCACGGCAGCAACAGCAAUGGAAGCAGUCACCUACAACAUCAGCAGCAGCAGCAUCAACAGCAGCAACAUCAGCAGCAGCAGCAACAUCAGCAGCAGCUGCAACAACACCAGCAAUUGCAGGUCCAGGCAAAGCGCGAGGACUCCCCCACAAACACGGAUGGAGGCCUGGACGUGGAUAAUGAUGACGAGCUGUCCUCCAGCCUGAAUAAUGGCCAUGAUCUCAGCGAUAUGGAGAGGCCGCGGAAAGUCCGUAGAUCCCGCACAACAUUCACAACAUUUCAAUUGCAUCAGCUGGAGCGGGCCUUCGAGAAGACGCAGUAUCCGGAUGUAUUUACAAGGGAGGAUCUGGCCAUGCGACUGGAUUUGAGCGAAGCACGCGUGCAGGUGUGGUUCCAAAACCGUCGGGCCAAAUGGCGCAAACGUGAGAAGUUUAUGAAUCAGGACAAGGCCGGCUACCUCCUGCCCGAGCAAGGUCUUCCGGAGUUUCCGCUGGGCAUUCCCCUGCCAGGUCAUCCGGGCCUGGCCGGCCAUCCGGGUGCCCUGCCCACCGAGUUCUGGCCCCCGCACUUCGCCCUCCAUCAGCACUUCAAUCCCGCUGCAGCCGCCGCCGCCGGCCUGCUGCCCCAGCAGCUGAUGGCGCCCCACUACAAGCUGCCCAACUUCCACACCCUGCUCUCCCAGUACAUGGGCCUGAGCAACCUGAACGGCAUCUUCGGCGCCGGAGCGGCUGCUGCAGCGGCGGCGGCUGCUGCUGCCGUACCCUCGGCCGGAUAUCCGCAGAACCUGUCGCUGCACGCCGGCCUAUCCGCCGGCCUGAGCCAGGUGAGCCCGCCCUGCAGCAACAGCAGUCCGCGCGAGAGUCCCAAGCUAGUGCCUCACCACACGCCGCCUCAUGUCACGCCCCCAUCUGGCGGUGGGGGCGGCACCACCCUGAUCUCGGGCGGACUGAUGCUCACCUCGACGGCGGCCCAGUCGCCCAGCAGUGCGGCGGGAGCCAGCAGUAACGCCUCCACGCCCGUCUCCGUGGUCACCAAGAGCGAGGACUGAAUAGGCCCAAGAAGGACUCGUUAUGUACAUAUAUGUAUAUGUAGAUAUAUAGUAGUUACGUAGCUUACGCAUUGUAAGAUAUCCGAGAGCUUUGUCUAUGGCCAAAGUUAACGUAGUCGUAAACACCUAAAGAAGUGUCUAUCUGUAAGAGAUCUUCGCGUGUAAUUAGCCCCAUUAGCUGACAUAAAGGUAGUAAUAUUAAUUAA